AAAAAACAAUAUUUGCUAAUGUCCACAACAGUUUGCCACGUGGCACUAGCCUUCUUCGCUAUAUAAACCAAUCAGCGCCCAUCAUCUCCUCUGUUUAUACCCCUGCUAAUAACACUUUCUAAAACAUUCACCACCUCCCUCCGCCACUCCCUCCGCCGCCGCCGCCGCCACUAACAGAAAAUGGGUUGCCUUGGUAAUUUCAAGAACCUCACAUUUACGAUUAUGGUUGUGCUUCUUGUUUUAUGGUUUUCCGACAUGGAAACAUGCAAUGCAAGAAAAACAGGAGGCAGACAUUACAGACAAAGUAGCAGAAGCGUGGGGGUUUCCCUGUCCAAGAAUACAGGGAGAAAUCACCACCACAGCAACGGCGGCGGCAAGUCAAAACAGAAAGCUCCAUCUCCAAAAUCGCCGCCGCCCCCCGCCGCCGGACCUGUAGAAACUCCGCCGCCGACGAAUAUUCCGCCGCCUGACAAAAGCGAAGAGAAUGCACCUGAUCCCACUGUCUUUGAUGUCCUCGAUUUUGGUGCCCGAGGUGAUGGAACCACAGAUGACACUCAGGCAUUCCGAGCUGCGUGGGCAGCUGCGUGCAAAAUCGAAGCCUCGAUCGUCAAUGUACCGGCAGAAUACGUAUUCCUUGUCGGACCCAUUUCGUUUUCUGGUCCUUACUGUCAAUACAACAUUGUUUUCCAGUUAGAUGGUACAAUUGUUGCCCCGACAAGCCCGAGCCAAUGGGGCUCGGGGAUUCUGCAAUGGCUCGAAUUCACAAAGCUAGUUGGCCUUACAAUUAAGGGAAGUGGCACAAUUGACGGAAACGGAGCCGCUUGGUGGCAAAGUUCGAAUGACGAUAACGACCCUCUCGAUGACCAAUCGAAACUCAUUGUUCCGUUAAAUGACACAACAGAACAAAACCCUCGAAUUCACGAAGACAGCUGGCUUGGUUCGAAAUUGCCAAGCAUAAAACCAACUGCGCUUCGAUUCUAUGGAAGUUACAACGUGACGGUCACAGGCAUCACAAUACAAAACAGCCCACAAUGCCACCUCAAAUUCGACAACUGCGUCGGAGUUUCGGUUUACAAUUUCACAGUCUCGUCGCCCGGUGACAGCCCCAACACCGACGGAAUACAUCUUCAGAACUCCAAAGACGUGCUUAUUCGCAGUUCGGAUCUUGCUUGUGGGGAUGAUUGUGUAUCAAUACAAACAGGAUGUACAAACAUAUACAUACACGACGUAAACUGCGGGCCCGGGCAUGGAAUCAGCAUCGGAAGUCUAGGGAAAGACAACACCAAGGCUUGCGUAUCGAACAUUACCGUACGAGACGUUUUCAUGCAAAACACCAUGAAUGGUGUUCGAAUCAAAACAUGGCAGGGGGGAUUAGGGUCGGUGCAAGGGGUGCAAUUUUCGAACAUUCAAGUAUCGGAAGUGCAAAUCCCGAUAGUUAUCGAUCAAUACUAUUGCGACAAGGGUAAAUGCCGGAAUCAGACAUCCGCGGUUUCACUUUCGGGGAUUAACUACGAAAACAUACGGGGAACGUAUACAGUGAAGCCGGUGCAUUUCGCGUGCAGUGAUAACAUGCCGUGUACGGAUGUGACACUUGCGAACAUACAAUUGGAUCCACUAGAAGAAGGGUAUCAUAUGUAUGAUCCUUUUUGUUGGCAGACUUUCGGCCAGCUGUAUACUCCUACGGUUCCUCCGGUGCAGUGCCUGCAGAUCGGAAAGCCGUCCCGGAACAAAAUACAGGGAGACAAUGAUUCUUGCUAAAAGAAAAAAAAAAUAAAAAAAAUACAUCUUACUAUAUUAUAGGGGAUUAGCAUAUAUAUUAUUACAAUAUUGUUGUGGUGUAUACCUUUUUUUUUUUUUUUUUAAAUAUUGGUGGUCGGCGUGAUUAGCAGGCUGGCCCGGCCCGUUUUGCUUGCAUAUUAUAGUUGGUAUAUUUUUAUGGAACUUAUUAAGAAUUAAAUUUGUGUAGAAUUCAGCCUUUCAAGAAACAAUGGGCUUUGGCAGUUCAAAUGAAAUAGAUAAAAGUUCAAUUCAA